AUGAAAUUCUCCCUUGUUGCCACUCUUGUUGUUGUGCUGGCUGUUGCCCAGGGCGCUGUGGCAGGGUCAGUGGUGAAGCGUGACGCCCAGUCUGAUCUGGCGAAGAUCAACAAGCUCAUCAACGACAUGUCCGCCAGCAUCACCAGCGCCACCCAGGACAUGGUGCAGAAGGUGAAGGCUCUGGAGGUGACCAACACCGCCCAGACUUACGUGGAGGAGAGCAAGGCCAAGAUCCAGCCUCUGGUCAAGAAGGUCCAGGACGAGGCCGCCAAGCUGCAGGAGCAGGUGAAGCCCUUCAUCACCAACAUCGAGGAACAGAUCAAGCCUCUGACUGACAACUUCCACGCUCAGGUUAAACCUCUGAACGACAACUUCCACGCCCAGGUCAAGUCUGUGUCCGACGUCAUGGAGAGGUUCUUCAAGCAGGUGAUGGACCAGACCAAGGCCCUGAUGCCCCCCCAGUAA